GUGUUACAAAAAAGCUUGGGUGUAGGUAAUGAUUGUCGUCUUCUUGAACGUGUAUGGCAAAUGGAGUUCUACCGUGCAUCAAUGCAAGUUCUUCCUGCGGACAUUUAUGCUUCUGUAGAUGUUGGAGCAGUAUUUGUAUCAGAGGGCUACUUAGAUUUUUAUGUAAAUGAUCAGCGUAACUGGGCCAUUGAACUACUGCGAGAUGGAGACAAAUUGCAAGAACAUCAACAAAGAUUUCAAAAAGAUGGUCGAUAUGCCUCUAUUCUUAAAUAUGCAAAGGAGUGGGCAAUUAUUGAUAUUCGAAAUAGUAAGAAAGGACCUCCAGAACAAAAGGAAAAAGACGUUAUUUAUGUUCUUUGUGCUGAAAACUUUGAAUCUGUUCAGCUGAUAUAUCCUGAUGGAACUAAAGAUCAUGUUAAAUUGCUAGGUGAAGAUGAAAAUUUGCUUGGGUAUGAUAUAUCAGAAUUUUUAGAUUAUUCUACAUAG